AUGCAGUGCUAUAAACUGUCGCCGAAACGCGAACCCUUGGAACAUGGGUUCGACAUGGAGAUGAUGGGGGGUGCUCGAAGAUUGGAACUCCCAGCACCUCCUGGAAAAGAGUUCCGUGCACCGUGCUUGCUGCCGGCGCCGGCGCCGCCUCCGCCGCCGACACAUUCGGUUAUACAAUGCAUGCGUCCACCACCGCCACCGCCGCCACCAUCUCGUCUUCACAAGCCACCUCCUUUCGAGGAACCUUCUAGUUCGAUUCCAGACCUAGAUAAUGAUGAUAUAACUAUAUCGAAUGCGGAUGCUCAA